AUGUGGACGCGCGCGCGGUCGUCGGUCGUCGGGAUCGUCGCGGGGGUGUGCGUCACAUGUCUCGUCGGACGGUGGUUCGAGGACGCGCUCGAGCGGUACGCGUACGACGCGCGAUCAGCGGCGCGCGAAUCGCGAAUCGGGUCUUUCGAGAUGAUUCCAUUCGGGAAUCUCGGUCCGAUCGGAACGGCGCGUGAGGGGUUGCGAUACUACGACGUCGCGAUGACGGCGAUGUGGGCGUACGCGAGAGGCGCCGAGAGCGCCUUGGAAAUCGGGUGCGUGAGACCCAGUUUCGUCGGGCACGCGAAUUGGAUCGCUCAAAAGACGUGUAUAGCACCGUAUUACGCGGCGUAUAAAGAGACGUCGGGGCUACCGAGCGUUUCGCCCGUCAACGACGACGUUUCGUACGUCACGGCGGAUUUCAUGAGGACGCCUCUGAAAAGUGCCGAGCUCACAAACGUCGAUCUGUGCGUGUGCAUGCAAGUUUUAGAACACGUGAGUUCGCCUGAUGACUUUUUGCGAAAAAUGCUCAACACGGAGCUGUGCAAAGUCGUCAUCGUGAGCGUUCCGUACAUGUGGGCUGACUGCGGAUCGAAGUGCUCGCAUGUGACGCACAACAUUGACGAAACAACCGUGAUGAAGUGGUCCGGAGGACGCGUUCCGGCGCAGACCACCGUAGUUCGUGAGCGAGGAGGAACUGCGCGACUCAUCGUUGUGUACGAAGUGGCGCCGCUCUAA